UCCUGCGUCAACUUUACUAACCGCGCGCGGGCGCGCGCGCGUGCGUCGGGGAGCUAAAGUCGCUGACCCACGUAUACAAACUAGGUGUAUACCACGGAGAACGAGAGAGAGAGAGAGAGAGAGAGAACCCGGGCUGAUUCUCGGAAGCUGGACUCGGUCUUCUCUCCCUCUGGCUACUCCGAUAUACACUGCGGCGGCAGCGAGUGGCCAACGCCGUGUGCAGCCAGAGGGGCGGGGAGGGGAGAAAAGAGGAUACGUUUACGCGAGUUAUAUCCAAAAGGGAGUAAAAAACUGCCGGCGGGAAUUUGUCCGCUCACCUCGCCUCACCUCUCUCGCGGUGGCCGGUAUUACAGGCCGCGCAGGACUCGAAAUCACCCGCGUAUACGAUACGGCGCCACUUUACGGACUCUCGGCUCCAUCUACCGGCCGAUACUCCCGUUUUUCACGUCCGCUGCCAGUGUUGUUGAAUAACAUAACCUCUGCACUGAUAGCGAGCAGUCACUGAUGUCUUGUUUUCUUUGAGGAAUAAGUAAAACAACAUGUCUACGAGAUGCUACCCCUUUUACCAAAGAGGAAAUCCACAGUUGAGGAUAUUCCUUCCAAAUUUUUGGAUGAAACUCGUCAAGCCUGCCAUGGAGCCCAUACGUAAAAAUGUCGUGGAAUUUCACGUUUCCAUGGAGAUGACGAGGUACGACGUGAAAAAUUACCUGGAGAAGAUUUACAAGGUGCCCGUCAUCAAAGUCAACACGAGAAUAGCACUGGGCAAAACGAGACGAAAUGAAUUGAAUAACAUCGUAAAAGACGAUGAUGUCAAGAUCGCUUACGUUCAUCUGCCAAGGUACGAGUCCUUCCAGUUUCCUAACAUGUUCGAAAACGAGCAAAAGAAGAAAGAAAAAGAGAAGGAAGACAAAGUAUUCGACGAGACAAAGAAGUCAUUUCAUGAUUCAAUCGAGGGUAUGCAGAAAAACAGGCCUGGUAUACCACCUUGGUUCAGCAUUUAAUUAUGCCCGUAAUCAUGUAUAAUAGAGUUGUAUGUUACUGAUGAUUUUUAAUAAAUAAGUUUGUAUAUUUAUGUUAAAAA